AUGCCAACAAGCACCACUCCAAAACUAUUCCAACCCAUCCACGUUGGCGCCAUUGAACUCGGCCAUCGUGUUGUGUUUGCGCCUGCAACCCGCUUUCGUGCUUCCGCCAGCCAUGUCCCGCUGCCUCAUGUUGGCGAAUACUACGAACAGCGAGCCAGUGCCGGAGGCCUUCUGAUUACUGAAGGGACAUAUCCUGCCCUGAGUGCUGCCGGAUUACCCAACAUUCCUGGGAUCUGGUCGGAGGAGCAGAUAUCAACUUGGAGAAAGAUCACGGAUCGAGUCCAUGCUAAAGGUGGUCGGAUUGUCAUGCAACUCUUCGGCAAUGGCCGCGCGGCCUUACCAGACAACUGUGUUGAAGAAAGCAUCGACUACGUAUCUGCCUCCGAUGUCGCCCUUCCUGGGAGAGUUUCCCCUCGGCCACUGGCUAUCGCGGAACUCAAAGAGUAUGCACAACUCGAAGCAACUGCUGCCUCAAAUGCAGUGUUCAAAGCGGGUUUCGACGGGGUCGAAGUUCAUUGGGCGAAUGGAUACCUAUUGAACCAAUUCCUGAACGACAGGAGCAACACGCGCACCGACGAGUAUGGUGGGCCAUCGGUCGAAAAUCGAGCGCGGUUCCCGUUGGAGGUCGUUGAAGCUGUUGUCAACGCAGUCGGGCAAGAGAGGGUCGGGGUUCGUGUCAGUCCUUGGGGGACUUUCCUGGACAUGUACAUGGAAGACCCGCGCCCCGUCCACAUCUAUGCCGUUUCUCAGCUGCGCAACCGUUUCCCCAAUCUGGCCUACCUACACGCUAUCGAACCGCGCGCGGACGGUGCGGAAACCGCAAAAGUCGUCAGAGCCGGCGCUUCGAACGACUUUUUACGUGAGAUAUGGGGAGAAAAGCCGUUUAUCACGGCUGGUGGCUGGACUCGCGAGACCGCGCUCGCUGUUGCCGAGGAGAAGGGUGGUCUUGUGUCCUUUGCAAGAUCGUUUAUCGCCAACCCGGAUUUGCCAUAUCGUCUACUGAAGAACAUCGAGCUCACUGUUGGUGAUAGGGCUUACUACUACGCUUAUGGGAGUGUUGAUCCCAAAGGCUAUACGGACUAUCCGUUUGUGAAAGAAGUGGCUGCAGAAGUGGAAAACAAAGAGAUUUAG